UCUCAAUUUCUCGAGCUUCCUCGUGCCGACCACACCGUGACAAACAGCCAUCAUGUCUAGCCAGAAACAGAUUGACCCCAAGAAGCAGCAGGAGCUCCAGUACCAAUACACCAACUUCAAGAACACCCUCCAGCAAUUAGCACAAAAGAUUGGUGAUAUUGAGCAGGAGGCAGAAGAACAUAAACUUGUGAUUGAAACCCUCGACCCUCUCGCCGCAGACCGCAAAUGUUUCCGCAUGGUGAAUGGCGUUUUAGUUGAGCGCACUGUCAAAGAUGUUCUUCCUACACUCAAGACCAACUCGGAUGGGUUGAAGCAAGUAUUGGAGGACAUGCUCAAGCAGUAUAAGUCAAAGCAGAGUGAACUGGAUGCCUGGAAGAAGAAGAACAACAUCCAAGUUGUGCAGCCUUAG